UGUCGUGACAAGCAUGAGCAUGCUCCAUAUCGUUUGAGCACGUCAAAGUUGCGGUGACUUACAUUGAGGUCAGCUUCCGUAAAAUUUGUAUUCAGAUCAGAAAGCACACGCUAACGCUCUCGCCCAGUUUUGAGCCGAGACACGACACCAGUCUAAAGCAGUCUGCAGAAAGGUGCUGUCUUUGCAAUAAUGGCAUUCUGCAUGCGCGGUGUUAACCCUGAGCACUACAGGGACCACUUCAAGUCUGGUGUUUACGCUUGUGCUGAGUGUGGAAAUGAGCUUUUUUCGAGCUUGUCCAAGUAUACGCACCACACUCCGUGGCCUGCGUUCAGCGAAACUGUGAGAGAAGACUCUGUGUCAAAAACUCCAGAGCCUGGAAGACCAAAGGCCAUCAAGGUCUCCUGUGGAAAGUGCGGUGCAGGUCUUGGACACGAGUUCUUGGAAGAUAGAGAUGACGGGGGGUCAAGGUUCUGAAUAUACAGUGCCUCCUUGAAGUUUGUGCCGAAUCAGAGUUCUGAUGCGGCCAAGGACGGAAAGGAGGACAAGAAAUAAGCUUAUGAAGAAGGAAGUCACUAGCCUAAAAGCCUUAAAAGAGUAAAAAAUGUUAAUUCUGAAUUUCAUUGGUGAACUUAUGAAGCGCUCUUUUGAAGCUCAUCAAAGCAUUGAGAGUGCAGAGGCCUUUGACCAAUUUAAUAGGGAAUUUUUUACUCGACUUUUUUAAAAUAAUGUUGGGAAUUUUAGACUCUAUUGUAGAAAAAAAUUUUGGCCGAGUCUGGGAUUCAUUUAGAUAGUUAAAAAGCCAAUCCAAGUGGUUUUAUAUUCAAAUUAAUUAGCUACACUUCGUAAAUUGAUAUUUUCUAAAAUUCCCAAUCACGCGCAUAUCAGUUAUUAUUGCAUUAUUAUGAAAUUUCGGAAAUUUCCUUUCUUGUUCACAAGUGCUAUUGAAUAGUAAAUCAUAACUUUAAGCUUGCUCACGAUUUAGGCGCCUGAGGCACCAUCUAAAAAUUUUUAUUGAUGUAGUAAUAGAUUUUUGAUGUAUAGGGUUAUCGGGUCUUGAUAUUAAUCUUUUAUGAUGUCCAACCAAAUAAUAUAGCUCAUAGAGACACACAAAUUAUAAAGUUAUGUAUGAAAGAAUUUAAUUUUCCCUUCAACCCACCGGAAAAUUAAAUGAUAUAAUAAACUUGUUCUCUUAAUUUAAGAAUAAA